GUGAGUGCCUGUCUCCCUCUCCUCUGUGGCUGAACCGUCCUGUCUUCCUCCCUCACUGGAACUACAUCCCCCACAAUGCCCCAGGGCAGGACCAGGACGAGGCCGGAGGCUACCUGGAGCUGAUUGGUUCUCCUGUUUUGUUGUGUCCCGGUCCUGAGCAGGGAUUGGCUCCUAGCCCUGGAGGAGGGGCGGGGCUUAGCAGAGCAGUUGGCGUCAGAGAGGCUGCUGGUUUACUGGACAACAGGACUCGUGGACAGCGUGUCUCAGUCUUUGGUCUGGUGGGUUCUGUGUGCCCUCAGCUGGUCGUGGCAGGAACAGCCUUCUUCUGCUUCUGGCUGACAGACGCGUCUCACACUGUCCGUGUCCUCGUCAAGGACAGAAGCAGGCUGUGUUGGACUCAGUGUGUGUACGUUGGUCAGAGUGUGUGUGUGACGGCGUUGCGUGUGUGUGUCCUACGAGGCUGGAGAGGAAGCAACAUCCUGUGUGUAACCGACCAGUCUGAAAUACACACAAACUACACACACCCUCCUGUAGGCGACACACACACUGACACACCGUUAGACACGCCCCCACCGCUGAUGAUGUCACACGUUGAUGAUGAAGACUGUCAGGAGGUGGAGCCUGAGAGAGGCGUCAACCAAUCAGGUUUCAGGAUGAAGAAGUCCCGGGUCAUCAGUUACCAGGGCACGGUGACUAAGGUGGUGAGUGAGGGGGCCGGACUGUACGUGAUUGACAGGAAGGUGGGGCUGUGCCUGGCCUAUCAGCCGACACUGAGGAGAAAACUGAGAGCAGGAGACUCUGUGGAGCUCCAUCAUGUCCACUUCCUGUACCGGCCCUGUCCCGACUUUCCUCCCAGCAUGCUUUGCACCUGCCUCCGCUCCAGCCUCAGGGUCACCACCUUCAGCAGGGUGGGGGGGUCAUCUUCAUCAUCUUCAUCAUCACCUGACUCCAGCUGUCCAGGUGAUGGAGUGUUACCGCGGUUACUGCUGGAGAAGAACAUGAGCGUGUCCGAGUACCUGUGGACCUGUCACCUGAGCUCACAGCUCACUCACAGUCUGGUCCCCACUGUGUUGAAGCAGCAGUGUGUGUGUGUGUUGUCCUGGAAGCUGAUGGAGUGUGUGUGGAGACGAGGAGGAGGAGGAGGAGGAGGAGGAAGGAGGGAUAUCUACUCAGAGAUGUUGGACGAGCCUCACACCUGUCCUCUUUCACAGUACAGCACUAACCCUACAGUACAUCAGUCCAUCAGUGUCUCAGAGCUCAGCCGGUCUCUACAGUCUGAGUCCUGGUCUUCAGUGUCUCUGAGGUCUCUGCUGUCCUCUGGUGGAUCAGGUCUGACCAGGUCUCAGAUCAACUCAGCGCUGGCUUGGUCCUUCAGGACUCAGACCGGGGACAGACCCGGGCAGCGCCCCCUGCUGGUGGUCGGGGUGCUGGAGCUCCCGUCAGAGACGUCUGAUCAUCAGACUCUGCAGCUCAGAGACGGGACAGGAGGUGUGGCCUGUGUCGUCACGGAAACCAGGGAGGAAGAGGAGGGAGGUCAGAGGUCAGCCUUCAACACAGCCUGGAUAGGCUGUCUGGUGUGUGUCCAGCAGUUCACCAUGGUAACAGAGAGAUUCCUCCAAUCAGAUUUCCCCUCCUACCAACACCUGGACCAGGACCAGUACAUCACACACAAACACUGCAGGUCACCUGAGAACACUACUCAUCUUUUCCUUUGUAAACAGUCCAUUUUCUCCAGCGUUGAUCGUGGAUCCCUGCUUUGAUCCUUAG